AUGGCAAGCAGCCACUUGGACAACUUUGUUUUAUGCCACGCCCUCAUCUACCAGAUACUACACGAGAAUGGUGAACGCAUAGAGACCAAUGAUCUCGGCGAUGAACUCAUUCGUCUAGUCGGGGAAGCAGAAUGGAUCGAGGGAGAGACUCGAAUCGCUCAUCUAGUUGAGGCUCUCAAGACCGAGGACAGGGUUCGUCUUGCCGACAUACCGGAGAAAGUCUUCGCAUAUGCGAUGGUAUAUGCCCGAGAUUCCAGGGCCUGGUCGAGACUCCAACGGCCAUUGGAAAGGCUCGCACGAGACCACUGGAACGACCACACCGCUCAUCUUCGCCGGGAGCACGAUCGUAUCACCAGAGACUCGGGGAAGACGAAGUCGAAACCUCGGGCGCUUUACAACCCUUCAUAUCGCCCUUUGAUCUUGGCAGGAAGCGCGAAUCGGCCCGCCGCCCAGAGACGGAACAAACAAGGUACCGGUGAUCCAUACGAAGGCCUGGCUUUGAAGGCCCGCGAUGUCGGCUUCCUGGGACGUCUUCGCCGUGGGAUCGCACGCUGUGUCUUGGGCGGCGGAUCCUUUCCCGACGAUCGAUCGUCCAACGACACUUUCCCCAAAACAUUGGUCCACGAAGAUUCAUUGCAGAUUAACGCCAUAGGAUAUCCAGCACGCACGACUGCCUCUCUUCCACUACACUGCGCUCUAACUUUGACUUCUCCCGCCGAAAAGACCUUCGCUGUGCCCGAAUUGGGCGCCAAGAUCCUCGCCUUCCUGCCUGCUGUCGAGAUCUUGCCCGUUCGCCGAGUCUCUCACGCCUUGAAAGAUGUGAUUUCCAGCUGCCCGAUCCUCCAGCUGGCUCUGUUCCUCCGUCGCGACGACCAAGUCCUUGCGGGUGCCCAAGUGGAACGCACGAAAAUGCCCGCGGAGAUCCGGUGGACAUUGUACCGAGCACCCGACGGAGACUUCCUGAACAAUCUCAAUCACCUCGUCCGCCCAAAUCCCUUUGUCUUCGUCCUUCCGCCAUCGAUCGACUCCGUCUGGCAGACUCUGGCCCUUCGCGCCAAAUUCGGCAAGCACCUCCGCGCUGAGGACUGGCAGCCAAGGCAUGGCAUCGCCAUGGAGAUGUUCAUCAGUCAGCCGACCGUACGAAGUAUCUCAGUCGGCAUCACUGUGGAGAUGGGAAGAUCGUCGUUCAGACUGACAUGGGGCACAAAGUUGGUCGUCGACGGCGGUAUCAAGGUCAAGCAUCUGGUUGAGCUCGUCCGAGAGCUUGUGUUGGAGGAGCAGGACAAUUCUCGCCGGUCGAAACUCGAGAGGACGCUGAAGGAGGGAAAUUUUCUGAUUCGAUUUCGGGAAGGGUACGAGGUACUUGCUGAGGACUAG